AUGUUGAACGCCACUCAAGUAGAAGAAGAUGAUGACUUGGAGGAGGGUAAUGAAAUGCAGGAGCAACCUACAUUCUUGGACGCACUGGUUCAGCCUGAAGGACAAGCAGCAGCUAGACAGUCUCAGGUACUGCCUGGUCUCAACUUUAUCUACUCACCGCGAUGCAUGAAGUGUUCUGGACUAUUCAUUGGUAUCAUUGCACUUUUGUUCUCUGUAGUACUUCUCUCGGUCUCAUUGUCAACAUCAUUAGUUCACGAAGGAAACGAUAGCUCAGAGGAUAUUAAUCCUGCCGAUCAACUCAAUUUCAACUCAAAGUUACCUCUUUGGGUGUUGGACUCGAUCGAUGUAAAUAGAAUCAUAUCAAAUGUACAGUAUCUAUCAAGCGAAGAGCUGCAGGGUAGACAACCUGGCACGCCUGGCGAGGCACUGGCCGCACAACACGCAGAGACCAUCUUCAAAACCGCUGGUCUGCAACCAAUGGGAGACAAUGGCACUUACAUUCAAAAGGUGCCUCUGGUGACCACCUCCAUCACCAACACACCUACCUUGUCGAUCGCUUCCGCCACUGGAUCACUCAAUCUCCAGUACACACUCAACUUUACUCUCACCACCGAGACCAACGACUCCUCGGUCUCUCUAUCAUCAACACCUCUGGUGUUUGUUGGCUAUGGUAUCGUAGCACCAAACCUUUCAUGGGAUGAUUACAAGUCAAUAGACGUCAAGGGCAAGGUAGUCUUGGUAUUGUUUGGAUCACCAAGUUCAUUCAACGCUACGGACGCUGGAUACUAUGGACGCACGACAAAGAAGUAUGAAGCGGCUAGAAAGCAUGGCUGCGCAGGUAUAAUGUUCUUAAACUCUGCCCAAGAUGGCCAAAAGUGGAGUCAGAUAGUGCAGCAGUAUCAGACUGUAAUGAUGUCGUUGGAGAAGCAAUCACAGCAGAGCCCACUCUCAAUCAGAGGUUGGAUCAGUGAGGGUGCGUCAAACCAAAUAGCAUCAACGUCCAUUCAACCAACUACAUUUGACAAAUGGAUAGAGAGUGCAAAUCAGACGACCUUUCAACCGAUUGACACCCAACUCACAGUCUCCACUACAUUAAGUGUAACCAAUACACAUAUUGAAGGACAGUCUGUAAUUGCUGGUGUGAUUGGCGCAAAGCACCCCAACGAUGUUAUUGUUGUGAUGGCCCAUCAUGAUCACUUGGGAACACGCACUGUAAAUGGCAAAACAGAGGUUUAUCAUGGCGCAGUUGACAAUGCAAGUGGAGCAGCACUACUCCUUGAGAUGGCCACCGUACUUGGACUCUACGCCAAGAUAGCAUCGACACCAACAUUCUCAGAGGUCGGUCCCAUCUAUCCAAUGGACCGUACACUCAUGUUUGUCAGUGUGACAGCAGAGGAGUACGGAUUGCUUGGCUCACAGUACUUUAUUGAUCACUUUGACCAGCAGAACAAGCACAUUGUAUCCGCCGUCAACUUUGACAUUGUAAACUUCCUCAACGUCACCAGAGAUGUCACGCUGCUGGGUCGGACUGGCGCCUUUGUUGGACCAGUUUGUCAAUGCCUCGGCCGUGGACGAGAAGAUGACAGUGUCGCCCGACAGAUUCCCCCAGAUCCAUAUGCUCUACAGGAA